GUGCGACUCUACCGGAAAUGAACCGUAGAAGAAGAAAYGCAACACCAGAGUAACCCGAGUUAGCAUGUAGCAUCGUUUUUAGCUGUUUUGGUGGAUUUACAGCUGUUCCGGGAUUAAAGGAUGAUUUCAGACUUUCAGAAGAAUCCGUGAGUUUUUAUCAACAUGUUUCAGAACCAGUCCGGACCCCGCAGCUCCAACUUCACCCUGACCUGUUUCAGGUGAGAUGUGACGGAGGCCCGGGACUUCUGGAGCGGACAGACCCGGUCUGGUCUCCUGGUCUCGGUAGGUGGAGGGGGGCACCGCCGGAGGCUCCGGGAUGGACACCUGGACCCCGAACCCCCGAGCGAAGCCCUUCAUCCCGCGCCAGCAGCGGAGCUGGUACCUGACCUGGAAGUACCAGCUGAGCAACAAGAGGACGGUCCGGAGGUCCUGUCAGGUCGGGGCGGUGCUCUUCCUCCUGGUCACAGUCAUGGUGAACAUCAAGCUCAUCCUGGACACCAGGAGAGUGGCCAGUGAAGAGGCGGAGUCUCAGGACUACGAAGACGUCCAGCCCAACGUGGAGACGCCUCGCAGGACGUCCGGCGGACACAAAGUCCUGGACAUCGAGGUCUACUCCAGCCGCUCCAAAGUCUACGUGGCCGUGGACGGAACCACGGUUCUGGAGGACGACAUGCGAGAACAGGGCCGAGGGAUCCACGUCAUCGUUCUGAACCAGGCCACGGGACAUGUCAUGGCUAAGAGGAUCUUUGACACAUACUCGCCCCACGAGGACGAAGCCAUGAUCCUCUUCGUCAACAUGGUGACUCGGGGACGUGUCCUCAUCUUCACCAUAAAGGACGAGGGGACAUUCCACCUGAAGGACGCGGCCAAGAACCUGCUGAAGAGCCUGGGCAGCCAGGUGUCCCUGGGUCUGAGCUGGAGGGACAUGUGGACCCUGGUGGUGAAGAAAGGAGGACAGGUGUACGGGGAGAGACACUCCAAGUCCCCGGCUCUGUCCACCUGGGGCGACCCGGUUCUGCUGAAGACUGAGGUCCAACUCACUGCUGCUGAAGAGGCAGAGUGCCACUGGGCCGACACCGAGCUGAACCGCAGGAGGAAGCUGUUCUGCAGCAAGGUGGAGGGCUACGGGAGCAUCUGCAGCUGCAAAGACCCCGCACCCAUAGAGUUCAACCCCGACCCGCUUCCCAACAACAACGUGUUGAAUGUUCCGGUAGCCGUCAUCGCAGGAAACAGACCCAACUAUCUGUACCGGAUGCUGCGCUCGCUGCUCUCCGCUCACGGCGUCAACCCUCAGGUCAUCACCGUCUUCAUCGACGGAUACUACGAGGAACCCAUGGACGUGGUGGAGCUGUUUGGACUGAAGGGGGUUCAGCACACCCCCAUCAGCAUCAAGAACGCCCGUGUGUCGCAGCACUACAAGGCCAGUCUGACGGCGACCUUUAACCUUCACCCUGAUGCAAACUUCGCCAUCGUUCUGGAAGAAGACCUGGACAUCUCUGUGGACUUCUUCAGCUUCCUGAGUCAGACCGUCCACCUGUUGGACCAAGACGACAGCCUCUACUGCAUCUCAGCCUGGAACGACCAGGGCUAUGAGCACAUAGCUGAGGACCCGGCUCUCCUCUACCGGGUGGAGAGCAUGCCGGGUCUGGGCUGGGUUCUGAAGAGGAGCAUCUACAAAGACGAGCUGGAGCCCAAGUGGCCGACGCCCGAGAAGCUGUGGGACUGGGACAUGUGGAUGAGGAUGCCCGAGCAGAGGAGAGGCAGAGAGUGCGUCAUCCCUGACGUGUCSCGCUCGUAUCACUUCGGCAUCAUCGGCCUCAACAUGAACGGCUACUUCCACGAGGUUUACUUCAAGAAACACAAGUUCAACACUGUUCCCAACGUGCAGCUGAAGAACGUGGACAGCCUGAAGAGAGACUCAUAUGAAGUGGAGGUCCAGAAGCUACUGAAAGCGGCGGAGGUUUUGGACCACACCAAGAACCCGUGUGAAGACUCGUUUGUUCCGGACACGGAGGGGAAGAUCUACAUCAUGUUCAUAAAGAUGGAGUCUGAGUCGGACACGUCCACCUGGACAGAACUUGCCAAGUGCCUGCAUGUUUGGGACCUGGAUGUUCGAGGGUACCACCGAGGACUCUGGAGGCUCUUCAGGAAGAGAAACCACGUCUUGGUCGUGGCCACGCCCAUCUCACCGUACUCAGUGAAGAAACCAGCUGCUGUCAGUCCCAUCCACUUAGAGCCCCCUCCCAAAGAGGAGGGGGCCCCGGUGGAGCCCGUGUAGACCUACACCUGGUCCCUCAGACCGUGAUCCAGAGAACAGACUGACUCAGAAACAGAGGGAACUCUGGGAAACUUAGUCUUUUAAGACUCCAGGAGGCUCAUCUGGACCCGAUGAUCCGAGGAAGACCAAUAAGACACUAAACGAGUCUGGUAAGGGCUGUGAGGACGGGCCUGGACCUGGACUCUGAGAAUGGACCUGGACCUGGACUCUGAGAACAGACCUGGACUCUGAGAACGGACCUGGACUCUGAGAAUGGGCCUGGACUCUGAGAAUGGGCCUGGACCUGGACUGUGAGAACGGGCCUGGACCUGGACUGUGAGGACUCUGAAUUCAGUUUGUUUUUAUCUCAAACAGCAGUUUUAUAAAUUAUUUAUUAGA